AUGGAAAAGGCCGCAUCAAAGGCAGCCCCAAGGACGAUCAAGCCUGCACCGCUUGGGCCCGUUCCGCGGAGACGGCCCCCACACGUCAAGGCUCGACCGCGAUCAAGCAGUCCACCUCCUUCGUCUUCAGACAGGCCCAAAAGCCCGAAGCGAAAUUCUGCGGAGGCAGUCUCUGGACGUGCUCUGCGUGGAACCGAUGCUGGCCCGCCGUCCAAAAAUGAGCGGCCGAGCAUACCAGAUCAGACAGGAGACGUGCCUCAGGUGAAAUCGGCCAAUGUGGUGCCCAAGUCCGGCGAGAAGCGGGCUCCACCAAGUACCAAGGAAGCACUUUCAGCUUCGAUCCGGACACGGAAAGCUGUUCCGCGGGUGGAUACUCUGGAGGCGCUCCAUGCCGAGAAUUCCCGCCUGAAGCAGGAGGUGGAACGCCAGCGGGCUGAGAUUCAGGAGCUGAAGGCCCAAGGCUUCAUCCAGCAAAGUGCGGCAGCCGCCGAGCCGAUAGCGACUCAAAUAGUUGCGGUUCCCUCUGGAUCAAGAAGCGCCACGCCUGUAAGGGCCUCUCGUCCAUGCUCAGUGCCCCCUUCAAGGCCCUGUGCCGGCAUGUGCGGCUACCCUCACCUAAUCCAAUCUGGAGCAUCUCCGGCACCAACCGUGAUACGAUUCACAACUGGGCAGCCGGCUGCAAACACUUUCGGAAGUUUGACGCCCAGGGCUUCCUGUGCCCCUGCUUACGCAGCACCCGCCGUUGGAGCAGCUGGUUGCCCUGUGCGAAUAGCUUGGCCUUGUCAGGUUCAAUCCCCGAUUUUCCUGCCUACUCAAACGGGAAGGCUCGUGACGCAGCUCGCAGCAGGAAGCCAACAAUGA